AGCUAAUGUCAAAGAUGGAUCUAUAAAUGAACAGCAUAUUGAAGUUUGUAAUAAUAAGAUAUCAAUGUCUGUACCAAGUAUAUAGAGCCAGCAAGAUGCUUUGGCGGAAUUUUUGGUUAUGGCUGACACUGUCUGGUGUGAAGAAUCUCGUCUGUAUCACACAUCACGCCUCCUGCACCUCCACUAUAGUAUUAUUUAGGUGCUUCAAGAGGGACAGCAGAUGUCAUAAGGAAACGCCCAAAUGUUUCCAUCUGUACCGGGGAUUGAACCACUGACCUCAGUGUGUGAGCUGAGUGUGCUAGGAACCCAGGCCUCUCAAGUGAGCUGCCCUGAUGCCGAUUAGGGGCUUAUGAAGACUGAGACCCACAGUAGUCACCUAACACCCAGGUACCAGCGUGCUGCUAGGUGAACAAGGGCAACGUACAGAGCAUUGCAGGAUAAUCAAUAUAAGUAAUAAUGGAAAUAGUUACUGUGCUAGAAGAGUACUUGUACAUCAGAGAUUAUUUUUAGAACCCUCUGAGGAAUGAAGACUAGCACAAGAGAGGAAGCUGUAGCCACCACAUUCAGCAUUGCUGGCUUCUAUGGCAAAGCACAACCAACAUAUAACAGCAAAAUUCGGAAUCAGAUUUUUCAUGUGGCAAAAGCUACUAAGCAUAUGGAACAGAGGCCUUUGCCCUGUGAAUAUUACCCUGGAAUUCUUGGCCCACCAACCACCUGGAAAAUAUUUCCUCGCCAGGCAGAAGCAAUUAGGUUUGCACAAGUGCAAGGUGAAGGGCUUAUGGUGUUCUCCUUUGAAGGUGAUGCAGUUGGUGAAAGUGGUAAAAGGAAUUAUGUUGUCACUCAUCCGUCUUUGAUGUGGGUUCAACUCUGUGCACGGCAUCCAAAUCAAAGGUGCACAUAUGAAGUUAUACGAGAACUUUGUGUAUGUAAGCUUUAUUUUGAUCUUGAGUUUUUGGUUGCUAUCAAUCCUGAUAGUAAUGGAAUUUCCAUGACUAAUACUUUUAUUAAUAUUAUUUGCUAUUUUCUAUGUAAAGAGUUUAACAUUGAGUGCAGCAGAAAAAACGUUUUAGAUUUAAGUAGCACUUCCAUUCACAAAUUUAGUCGUCAUUUGAUUUUUAAUCUUCCAGGUGUUGCUUUUACUAAUAAUAUUCACGUUGGUAAUUUUGUUGUGAUGAUAUGUAAUAAAAUCAGAGACUGGGAUAAAGAAGGCAACAUGAUGGACAUACCUCAUGUUAAGGUUGAUGAUGUUAGAAACCUUUUUGUUUUAGAUGCUAAGAAUAAUAAAAUUCUUUUUUGUGAUGAAGGUGUCUAUACUAAAAACAGAAAUUUUAGAAUAUAUAAAUCUACAAAGCUUGGAAAGAAUUCUCCUUUAGUGAUUGCCCAAGAAAAUGAAUAUGUACCUAAAUAUGCUGCUGAAGCUCUAGAGAAUGAGCAGCUGUUUCUAAAUUCUCUUGUUACCUUAGUGGAUAAUAACUGUGAAGUUUUGAGCUUUGGGGAACAUGAACACAAAGUGACGAGAUCAGGAGUAAAUACCCAUUGCAGUAGAGAGCAAUGUGACUCUGAAAUUGAAGGCUUCAGUAGCUCACCAUACCCAGAAAUUGACAGCUACAUUCAGGGGGUUGUAGCUCCAGGCUACAUCCGGUGUUGGUAUUACUUUUCUCAAGGUGAAGUGUUGGUUUAUGAAAUAGCUCAAAACAGGUUUUGUUAUAACAUUGGACGUGAGCAUAAAAGUAACAGAGUUAUGUAUGUUGUAAACCUAAAGAAUGCUACAUAUUAUCAAAAGUGUCACGACCCAGACUGCAAGGGGUUUAGAUCUCGUUUAUGGUCAUUACCUGAAAGUACAGUUUUCUGGCAAUCUAUGACAGAUGAUGAAAUAAUGAAAUGGGUUGAGUGUGUGGAUGACAAUAGCAGUGAGUGUGACAGAUUGCUACUGACAACCACACAUCAAGCAGAGAUGGAGGAUAUCUCAGAUGAACUGCUUGUGAGUGCUGCAGAAGCUUAUGAAAUGUGGGAUAAGAUUGACCAGAUAUCUAGUUUAUCUAGUAUUAAAGAAUCUCAAGAAAGUUCAAAAAGUAACCUUUCACAAAAAAGUAAUCCAUGGAAUAAACUUUCUCAGAUUUCAAAACCUGACAAUUCCUAUUUUGACAAGUUAUCACAGAGGUUUAUACCAGACAUUCAGUCGUCUCAAAACCAUGCCAGUAUACCCGAGGUGGAGGACCCCAGCUUAUGUGAGAUUGACUGGGAUGAAGAAUUUUCCUAAAUAGUACCCCCUGUAGAGGAAUAUAUUUGAAAAAUGAUUAUGAAGUGUAAUUGAAAAUAAGCAGAAAAGUGGGGGAUGGAGACUUCCUUAACAAUACUAUUGUUAUUUUUGUUUUUAACACACUGGCUGUCUCCCACUGAGGCAGGGUGACCCAAAAAAGAAACACUUUCCCCAUCAUUCACACUAUCAUUGCCUUGCCAGAGGUAUGUAGAUAUGACAGUUCAGAUGUCCCUCCAAACUAAGUUCUAAACCCUUCCUUAAGAAUAGUGCAAUAAGUAGAUCUAUAAUUACACAUCUGCAUGUUAGACAUGAAGCAUGUCCAAAGUAUUAAGAUGUUAUUUUCUACAUAAAUUUAUUAAUGAAUUUUGCCAUUUUCUUGAAUUUGUUACUGUAUUAUUUUAUUAGAGAUGCAAUUUUUAAGUACAGGUCUUUUAUAGUAUCUGUGUAAUGCAGUACAGUGCAUGAGUUACUUUUGAAUGUCAAAACUCUUUGCUUCACAGGUUAACAGCGGAUUUGGUAUAGGAAGUUUUUAAAGUAAAUUGUUAGCUCAAUAAAGACAAUCCUGUAAACCCUCGAUUUAAUGAUUAGUAGGGAGGAGCAGAUAAUGGUGAUUGUGGCGGAUUCAGUAGAGAUUGUUUUAACAUACAUAAGGAGGAUUAACAAUAGACCCCUAGCUGUCUUCAAGAGGGAGUGGGACAGACACCUAAAGUCAGUACCUAAUGAACUGGGCUGUGGUUCGUACAUUGGAUUGUGUGUGACCAGCAGUAACAGCCUCAGUGAUCAGGUCCUUAUCCACUGCGAGGCCUGGCCAUAGACUAAGCCACGGGGGCGUUUACCCCUGAAACACCCUCCAGGUAUUUUCCAGGUGUAAUGGACAAUUCUGUAACCAAUAGACUUGGUCCAAUUCUUCCAAAUCAGUUAAUCCAGCAGAUUUUGUCCUGUAUCUGAAAUUUGUUAAACUGAAUGUUUGCUGUAACAUGUUACUAUAAUUUUCUAGGAGUAUCACAUCACAAAGGUAAGCUUCCUGAUUUUUUUUUUAACACUUCGGCCGUCUCUUACCGAGGCAGGGUGACCCAAAAAGAAAGAACAUACUUUCAUCAUUCAACACUUUCACCUCACUCAUACAUAACCACAGUCUUCGCAGAGGUACUCAUACAACAGUUGAGAAGUCCCUCCAAACUGCCAAUAUCCCAACCCCCUCCUUUAAAGUGCAGGCAUUGUACUUCCCAUUUCCAGGGCUCAAGUCUGGCUAACCAGUUUCCCUGAAUCCCUUCACAAUAUAUUACCCUGCUAACACUCCAACAGGUUGUCAGGUCCCAAAAACCAUUCGUCUCCAUUCACUUCUAUCUAACAUGCUCAUGCAUGCUUGCUGGAAGUUCAGGCCCCUCGCCCACAAAACCUCCUUCACCCCCUCCCUCCAGCCUUUUCGAGGACGACCCCUACCCCACCUUCCUUCCCCUCCAGAUUUAUAUGCUCUCCAAGUCAUUCUACUUCGAUCCAUUCUCUCUAAAUGACCAAACCACCUCAACAACCCCUCUUCAGCCCUCUUAAUACUUUUAGUAACUCCACACCUCCUAAUUUCCAUACUCCAAAUUCUCUGCAUAAUAUUUACACCACACAUUGCCCCUAGACAGGACAUCACUGCCUCCAGCCACCUCUUUGCUGCAGCAUUUACAACCCAAGCUUCACACCCAUAUAAGAGUGUUGGUAGCACUAUGCUUUUGUACAUUCCCUUCUUUGCCUCCAUGGAUAACAUAUUUUGUUUCCACUGAUACCUCAAUGCGCCACUCACCUUUUUUCCUUCAUCAGUUCUAUGGUUAACCUCAUCCUUCAUAAACCCAUCCACUGACAAGUCAACUCCCAAAUAUGUGAAAACAUUUACUCUUCCAUACUCCCUCUCUCUAAUGUGAUAUCCAGUUUUUCUUUAUCUAACUUGUUUGAUACCCUCAUCACCUUUUAUCUAUGUUCACUUUCAACUUUCUACCUUUACACACCCUCCCAAACUCAUCCACUAACCUUUGCAACUUUUCUUUAGAAUCUCCCAUAAGCACAGUAUCAUCAGCAAAAAAGUAGUAACUGUGUCAACUCCCAUUAUAUAUUUGAUCCCCAUAAUUUAAUUCCACCCUUUCCCCAACACCCUAGAAUUUACGUACUUCUUUUACAACCCCAUUAUAAAUAUAUUAAACAACCAUGGUGACAUUACACAUCCCUGUCUAAGAUCUACUUUUACUGGGAAGUAAUCUCACUCUCACCUUCAUAAAAACUCUUUACAGCAUUUAGUAAUUACUACCUAUUCCAUACACUUCCUAUUUUUUUUUUUUUCAACAAGUCGGCCGUCUCCCACCGAGGCAGGGUGACUAAUAUAUAUUAUAUUAUAUUAUAUUCUAGAUCAAUAUGUUAGGAAUUGUAAAGAUUGGUUUUUCAGAAGAAUACCAGUUUAUGAUACUAUAAUAGCAGGGCAAAAACUUAAGUGCUGGCCAGAUUUUGUCUGCUUGUUGAUUUUUUGGAAAUGUGGGCUUUAUUAUACCAACUGUGAUUAUACUUUCCCUGUAGUACUCCUCAUUACCCUUACCUACCCUGCCUCUUGCAUACUCUUAACCCUCAUUGGUCUCUUAUAUAGCAUAUUACAUGUCUGUCACAUCCUGCCCUGCAGUGCUGUAUAUCCAUUGUGGGUCUAGUGCUUAGUUUUGAUUGUAAUAAUAAUUUGUAAAUACGUAAGGAGGGGGAAUGAGGAACAAAGUGCAUACAUGCCAUGCAUCUAUUUUGCCAAAUGCACAUUAUUUUAUUUGAAUUCCUUUUUCAUUUCUAUUUACUCCCUCACCUUACUCCCUCCCUUACUCAUUUCUCCAAGUAUAUUCACAGUUCCUAAAAUAUGUGUACCUGCUUUCUAAAACAUAUUACCAUUGCUGCUUGUAACUCAAGCUGUGAACAUAUCGUUUCUUUUACGAGGCAUUCUUUGGAAUUUUUUUCUGCACUUGCAUUUUGGUUUGCAUUUAGCCCUUUGCUUUAUUAUUCAUAUACUGUACUGUAUUAUGAAUGGUAUUUUGUGCUUACAAGUUGCAACUGUAUAUUUUCAUAUAAAUGAAAAAAAGUGUUUAUAUUUUUCUGGAGAGGUAUUUCAUUAAACUGGUCUUAAUUGUAGUUUUGAAAUAAGCCACAUGUAAGUAUUUAUAAAAAACUAUUUAAUGGGUGAAAUUGGAGAGGUUUAUCAUUGAAAGAUAGUUUUCAUUUUCAAAUGGGUAAUUUUUAAUUAAAAUAGUAUAAGACCUUUUAAAUGUACAAUAUAAAUUGUUUUAUGAACAAGCAUGAUGCCACAUGCAAAAUACAUGUAUUGUGCAUUUUUCUGUACAUAGACAAUUGUAUGGAUGAGAUAAUGAAUAUUCAAUUAACUAAUGUAGUUUGCUUACUCACUUAACUACUGGACAUAAACAAAUGCCCAGUAAAACAUACUUAAGUCUGCUGUAUUGAUGGACUGCCAGACAUACCAUGAAUAAACUAGAGUAUACAAUACAGUAUUACCUGAAAAGAAAAUGGGUUAAAAGUACAGCACAGUACAAUACAAUAGAGUAC